AUGAACACACCAUACAAUUACGGAAACAUAAACGUCAACUGCCAGGUAUCCAUAAAACACAAAAAGUUGGUUAGCACGCAAAAUGAAGAAGCGAAUAAAAGGUACAAUGAGCACAUCGUGAAGAAUAAUUACCAACACUGCGGCGAUAAAAACGUGCAAAUGUAUAGUAACAUCUGCAACAUAUUGCGCAGCGGCAGUGUACGAAACGGGCCAAAUGGGCCAAAUGGGCCAAACGGGUCAAACGGGUCAAGGGGGUCAAAUGGGCCAGGUGGUUCAAGUGGUCGUAACGGGUCAAGUGCUUCCAACAGGCCCAGUGCUUCCAACAGGCCCAGUGCUCCCAACAGGCCCAGUGCUCCCAACGGGCCCAAUGCUCCCAACGGGCAAAAUGCCCCUAACGGGCUUCACUGCCCCAAUGCGAACCACAUGCAGGACACACCUGGCGAGAUUUACCACAACCAGGUGCACAACAAAGCGGAGGCAAACCGAAACAAGCGUCCAUAUGUGCAUUCUCAAAAAAGGAUGACCUAUGGGAUCAGUGAAGUGAACGAAUCUGAGAAGGGUGCCGCUUUUGCAAAGUGCGGCGCGUAUAAAGAUACAUACACCAACCAAGUGGAUCAUUUUACACAGUGUAGGAAAAAAAAAAAUGUCAACAUGGUGAAUGCCGCAACGGAUAGUAGCCGCACAAAUUAUACUAUCCGUGGAGCUAGCAGCUGUGGCAUGACCCCUUUUAUCAAUCAUGCAAUAGAUGAAAGUCCUACAUGUGGAGAUAACCCUCCAAAUGGAUUUACACAGGAUAAUCGCAACUAUCGCAUUAGUGCGAACGAGGAGGGGAGCCACCUGAUGUUCCAUGACGUCAAAAGUUAUGGCAGUAAAGAGAUUCACGAUAAUAUUUUUCCCCAAAAUUGUCUACUUAACAAGACAUUUGAAAAUGCUUCGAACUACCCCUUUGGUGUGCCCACAAAUGGGAGAAAUACAACAGAAAAUGGAGUGUACCAAACGGGACAAAUGUACUGUAAGGAAGAGAAGGACAGCUCGGAUGAAUAUAGUUCGCUCUGCUAUGACGGAAACAAAUCGAGUAGUAAGCUCAGUUAUGGAAAGAAUAACACAAAAGAAAGGAACCAUUGCGAUGAUGGAAUGACUAGAAAUAAUUCCUACUUGGUAGACAAUGCUGAUUAUGAUGCACACCAGAAUAACAUUAUUCAAAAUGUGGAUUUACUCUCUUGUAAAAGUAGUUCCAGUGUGAAGAAUGAACUGUCUUCUGCACUAAAUCGCCUGAACGAGUCAGGUAAUUCUUCUUCCACAAAGUAUGGAUGCAACGAAAUGAAGGAUUUACUCAAAAGCAAUAUAAUAUAUAAUAACAUAAUUAACAAUAACAUAAUCAACAACAUAAUUAGCAAUAAUAUAAUUAGCAACAACAUAAUUAACAAUAAUAUCAUUAACAAUAAUUUCAUGGAGAGUGUGAGUAUAAUAAAUCAGUGCGUGUUGAAUGAGAGUAAAGGCAUGGUUUGCGGAGGGGAGGGUAAGAAGAUGGAGCCAAUGGGCAUAGCCACUAAUCUGGGAGAUCACCAUAUGAAUGCCAAUUUUCAAAAUGUAAAUCGCACGAGCGGGAAUGACAACGGGGGGAAGUUUCACCUGAGUAACAUGUAUGGAAUGGUGAAUGAGGAAAACGAUUUUUCCCAUAGGAACUCACCCGAUAGCAGUAAAACGUGGCAAAUUCCUGAGAGGUAUAAACUUUUUCGUAGCGAAGAAGUGAACUCCCCAAACGAUGUGCCCAUUUCGGAUAUCAACAGGUGCUGCGGUGAUAGAAGCAAUGGCUGCAGCGAUAGAAGCAAUGGCUGCGGCGAUAGAAGCAAUGGCAGCGGCGAUAGAAGCAAUGGCUGCGGCGAUAGAAGCAAUGGCAGCGGCGAUAGAAGCAAUGGCUGCGGCGAUAGAAGCAAUGGCAGCGGAGGCACAGGGAUCCUCACUGCAGCGCGAGCCAGUCCUUUUAAUGACAACUCGAGUAAGUCCCCCUGCUGCUUCACCCAAUUUGAUAACAACUACGUAGAUUCGAAUGCCGCAUAUGAACAUGGAAAGGCAAAAAAUGAGGCCAAAAUGAAGGGCGCCCCAUUUUUGAUGAAGUGUACUAAGGUGCCUACCUCAGGGAAAACGGCACUUUGGGACCAAAUAGAAUUUGAACAAGCAGAUGGAAAUGACAUCAUGACAAGGGACACUCACUCCGAUGUGCAAGAGCGUCCAUGUGUAGGCACUCACAACAAUGUCAUUAAACCUGAGCGUCAGCAUGUGGACGGAAAGAAGGGUCAAAGUGAUAAUCAACACAUUAGUUUAAAGGAAUGUAUUUGCAACCGGGAUGACAGUCAUAGUAAAAUUUCUCCACAGCUAGCCAACACAUAUCGUCUCAGUCAAGACUGUCAAAGUAAACAAAUUUCGAUUCCAAAUAUGUACGAUAAACAGGACAGUGAUAUGCUUUGCAGCUGCAUAGAACCCAGUCCUCUUAACCAAGUCGAGAAGAAUGGGAGCGCAAGUAAAUCAUGUCAUUUGGCUAUCGAUACUAAUAGGAGGAGUAUAGGCAUCGAUCAGGUGAGGGACGAACCACCCAACCAGGCAAAUAACAUUCAUAUGGCUAGUGCAUGUACGGUUAAUAAACCAAUGAGUUUAAAUUUUAAUUUAGACGGUCCUUUCGGUGAAAUGCACGUGAACAGUACCAGUGUUAGUGUUAGUGGUGAGGCCAACCGCGUCAACAGGCAGUGCGGGAAAGCAACCCGCAUCUCCCAGCCGAGUUGCGCGAGUAGCCAAGUCAGCGGAAACCAAGAUAGCGGAAACCAAGUUAGCGGAAACCAAGUUAGCGGAAAUCAAGUUAGCGGAAACCACGUCAAUACCAACCAGUGGAACGAACUCAUCAAUAUGAGCACCAAUUAUAACACGAAAGGUGCAUGCAAAAGUAGCCUAUCAAGGCGCGUCCAAGGGGAAGGUCAGGAAAAAAAGUGUGCGAUAGGGGUAGCCAAUUCGACUAAACAGAGACAGCCAUUGAGGAGGCCAGCUAGUCGGAACUACUCCAGUAUGGGUAACUUUGAUGGGCGUCCCCCGAAGGAAGAACUGGGAACAACCAACAAACACACAGAAAUGUGUCAAGGAAAUGGUAAGGGGAAAGGUGUAACAAGUCAUAGCGAGAAUGUAGCGGUGGAUACACUCUAUCCUACAGCACAGAUGCACGGUGAUCAGUGUGAAAGUAGGGUAAUAAAGAGUCAGCCGAAAAUGCGAAAUGACGAAUUGGCUAGUCCGAAGAAGAAAUUCACGGGGAUGUCGAUGGAGAAGAGUUGGGACCACAUACCGGGUGAUACAUGCGUUAGUUUAAAUUAUAAAAAGAGUAAAAGGCACGAAAUGUGUUGCUCGCUUCAUGAGGUGCAAGGAUCGCAUGAAAUGAAAAACUUGUGCGGUUGGCUCACGUCGCGGACUUCGCUCACAUCGCUGACGUCGCGCGGGUCCUAUAUCCCCCGGAAGUUGCUCGAACCACACACUAUAUUACACGAGGGGCACGAUAGUAAUAAAAAAAAUAGCCUCAAGAAAAUUACCAUUGACAAGCAUAGUAGUAGGGGUGAGGAAAAAUAUCAUGAGAGUUUUACUCUUGAGUGUGAAAAUUUAGAGAAAAAAAAUUUUGAGAAUUGCUUCCUCUAUGCAAGUAGAGCACAUGGGGAAAAAGCGAGUUAUGGGAAUUGCAAAGUCGUUAGCAGUAGCAGCACUAGCACUGUUGGUAGCAGCAAUAGUAGUGGGCAGCCACAGGAGGAGCAGGAGGAGCAGCACCAGCAGCACCAGCAGCUGCACCCUGGACAUCUACAGGAAGGAGGACCGAGCGGCGUAUCAGACGAAUGUGCCUACAUGAAUGGCAUUUCAAGCCAAGUGAGUGCGUUCCCUAGGACAGGUACCUCCGGAGAAUUCCCAAUCGAUUAUGGUACCGUAAAUGGAGAUUCAAGCCCACAUAUGAUGGACGUUACAGUACAAGGAGAGUUUGACAAUAAAAGGAAUGUAAUCAAAGAUGGUCGGGGUUACAUAAAUUGCGUUGCUAGUGAGUUGUUUGCUUGUGGGGGAGGGCCCUCAGAUGCAGGAGGCAUGUUCCGUUAUGGUAACAGUAACAGUAACAGUAAUAGUAGCAGUAAUGGUAAUAGUAACAGUAAUGGUAAUAGUAACAGUAACAGUAAUGGUAAUGGUAAUAGUAAUAGUAACAGUAACAGUAACAGUAACCGUAAUAGUAGUGACUCUGUUAUGAACAAUAGCAACAGGAAGGAAGAAAAAAAAAAGCGAACACAAAACGACGUUGUUGUGCAGUGUGAUCUUAGGUGCGACUGCAGUAACAACGGAAAAAACGCAGGUAAUAUUAGCACGUACGCCAACAAGGGGGUUUGUAAUAUCGGCUUCCUUACACACCGUGAGAGGUUAAUUAGCAGCAGCGAUGGUAACAGUGCUGGCGAAGUCAGUAUGUUUAGUGUCCCCAAUGUUCCGCACGAAUGUAGCAACUACAUUAUUAUUAACAAUCGGUCCGUAAAUUGCGCUGACGGAACAAAUGUUAUCGUGUGCCCAUCUAACGCAUCUAGCAUACAGGGCACGUCCAACGGAAGCAAUAAAUUAGGCGAUACUAUUUGUAACCCUGUGCAUGUAGGUGUGAGGAGCAAUAACCCCAACAGUGAUAAUCAUAAUGCUGUGGUUCACACAAAGGAAGGGAACCUUUCUGCAAAGUUGAGUUCCUUCCAAGGAGGUUACAGUUCGCUUGCAUCCAAUUGUGCAACCACGGAGAGGCGUGCAAGUAACACGGGAGAUAACUCCAAAGGGUUUACUGUGAAUGGCGUUAACGGUGCUGGGUGUGUGGCUAGAGUGAGGGGUGUCAGGAACGUGGGUGACAUGAGUAGCGUUAGCAGUGUUGGCAAUAUGAAAGGAGUUAGCGGUGUUGGCAAUAUGAACGGAGUUAGCAGUGUUGGCAAUAUGAACGUUGUUAACGGUGUUGGCAAUGUCAACGACAUCAGUAGCGUUAACAGCGUUAGCAGCGUUAACAACGUCAACAGUGCUAACAACUUCAGCAGCGCUAACGACUUCAACAGCGCGAACGACUUCAGCAGCGCUAACAACUUCAGCAGCGCUAGCAUGGUGAAUGGCCCCUGCUGCGCCAAAAGGAAUGCCCGCAAGGACAUAGCCCAGGGUUGCGAAACUCAGAUUAAAGAUUUUAUCACAAACAGCAUUCCGAAGGAAGCAACAGAUGCAGAACACAUGAGGAGUAUGAACCAAUGCAAUAGUGCUAUCAUGAUUAACAAAGAAAUGGGUGGAACUGCAACACCUUUUGGAUGCCCCGAAAACGCACAACGCAUGACCACGUUUAAGAUCUCCAAUGCAAGUAUCCAUUCGGAAAGCGCCAAAUGCACAAACGGGAUCGUCAUGAGUGCCUUCCAAGAGAGUGAUAGAAAUUUUCAGAGCGUUAAUCCCGUAAAUGAUAAUGUUGUAAAAUUAUUUAGCGGUCAAGGCAAAGGCAACUGUAAGGUAAACAAUACGGAGGUGAAUAGACUAGCCAGUUCUCUGAUAAAUGCAGAUGUAAGAAGGAGUAAUAUGAACCCAUUUUAUGGGGAGAAUGAACCUACGUGUGAGAUGGGGAAGGGACAUAUGCACAAUGUAGCUGUCAACAAUUUCAGCCAUGCAGUUAGUAGUUGCACUGGAAAUGAUGAGAAGACAACAGGUACUGGGGCGUCUUCAAAGGGGAAUAGUGUAAAUAGGAGGGUGCAGAAGGAGAGGCGGAGCGCAGGCAGCAGGAGGGCUGUUUCCAGAGUCGCGAGGAAUAGCGCUGCCAGUACCACUGCGAUCAUCGCCUCGAAUGUCACGUCGAACGCCACCACCCCUUCCAGUACCUCCAACGGAGUGCAGAAAAAGGGCAAAGCAGAUGAGCACGAACGGGAGGAGGAGGAACUGCACGAGAAGCUGAAGCAUUUGCCCAAAAUCACAGGUGUGAGUUAUGACAAAAAACAAAAACUGUGGGUGUCCCAUUGGAGAUCAAAUUGUAAAACGAUACACAAAUAUUUCUCUGUAAAAAAGUACGGCUUUCAUAAUGCCAGGUUGCUAGCCAUUAAAUGUCGAAAGCAGAACACCAAGUAUAUUUCCACGGAUCUGGUGUUCGGUUACAAGGAGGAUACGCAGUCCGGGGCCCAACCUGAGAGCCAAUCCAAAGGGAGCGAAAGUUAUGGCGGCGAGAAUCAUGCUUCUGGAGAAGUUGUACAGCUUACGGGAAUACUAUGUGAUAAGAAACCCAGUGAGAAAAGCCAUUCGAUCAGAAAGAAACGCAAGGGGAGAGGAAAGCAUUCCCAAGAGGUGGAUUUCCCUAGGGAGCUCCCCAAAAAUGAGAGUGCAGAAUCAGACACGCAGGGAGUUGGUACCCAGAAAGGCGAUCCAGGUAACGGCCUGCUAGAUAGGGCUAAUCCGAUUAAGGUUUCCCAAAAUAUCGGUCAUCAAAGUAGUCCUCCCCUGAGUGGUGGUCCCCUUAGCAGUGGCCAUCCCAGUAUUGCCUCACAGAGCAGCGGCCAGAUCCAACACCUGCACAGCGCGGAACCGCGGAACCGAGGGUGCUCCCCCCCAGAGCAGAGCGAUCAGGGCGUAAUUUAUCCACAGAAAGUGGAAGGCUCGAAGGACCAGGAACAAAUGCUGAGGGAGAAAGAACUGGCCGCCAAUUGCACAGUUAAGGGUGAAGCAAGGGAUGCAUAUAGUAAUAGCGGCAAAAUAUGCGUGCCCCAUUUUUUGAAGCAACAAGGGAGCCAAGCAACGAAGGGUUCUGGCGGUGGCGUUAGCGGAAAUGUGAACAGCAUCUCGAAUGGCUAUUUGAGCGGAAGUGUGAACGGCAGUGUGAAUGGCAGUGUGAACGGCUGUCUGAACGGUAGCCUGAACGGUAGCCUGAACGGUAGUCUGAACGGUAGCCUGAACGGUAGUCUGAACGGUAGUCUGAAUGGCUCUCCGAACGGCAGUGCGAACGCUAACUCCAAUGCACGUGCGAGUGCACAAAAUCCCCAGGAGGAGGAACAGCGCCAAAGCAUAAGUAGCAGCAAAACGAGUCAGCAAAGCAAAAACAAUGCGAUGCACACAGAACAAGGGAAGAAAGAAAAGGUGGAGGAAUCAAGUAGGAAAAAAGACUACCUAAUAAACACACAGCUUUACAAUAAACUCAUAAAUAAUAAAUUGUAUAAUAAACUCAUUAACAAUCAACUAAGCAAUGAUCGAGUAAAAAAUAAUAACUUUUACUGUAGCCUAAUUAAUAGCCAAUUUUACAUACACGUUAUUAACAAGAAUCUGCAUGCACAGCUAGAGAGGAACCAACGAGAAGUCAACAAAGAAGGUUCGAAUUACUUCUACUAUGGACAGGUUAAGGAUGCUGCCUCUUCGGGGAAAAGCUCAUUUUCGAAUAGUGAAAAUUUUGCCAACAAGGAACCUGCGCAAGAUCAGAACACCCACAAUUUGUUUCUACGUAGAAGCAGUGAUGAUGCUGCUACUGGCGGGGGUGCUACUGGCGGGGGUGCUACUGGCGGGGGUGCUACUAGCGGGGGUGCUACUGAUGGGGGUACGCAUAAGACGAGUGCUCCUUUUACCAACUCGGGGACUACGUACGGAGGGAUAAUAACUCCCGGUGAGUAUGCUAAUGAUGGUACUAGCCCUUUCUCGAAAAAUGAUGAACCCCCAAUUGAUGGCAAGCAUAAUGGGUUUCUCAGUGAUUCCCCUCGAUUGGAUGCGUCAACUCCCAUGGUACAAAACUACGCUAACGUGAAAGACGGUAAUAAUUUACUCAGUUGUGAGGGUUUGCAAAAUGGUAGUGGUUCAAGUAACACCAACUGCGAUAAGAGUUGUGCUGAUCGGCACGUAAAGGAGGAAAGACCCUAUUUUAAGGGGAGUGCCCAGAUGACCGAAAAUAAUUUCAGUCGCGAGGGGGCACCAACGUUCGCGAGCAGUGAGAAAUUCCUGAGCGGUGGCACUAUCCAGUUUCGCAGCACCAUUAGUAACAAUCAAGGCGGCGGAGUGGACGUCAGCAGUGUCCUGCGUAAUAACCACAAAGUGAAGGAUGCUAUGAACCCAUAUAUAAACAGGGAAGGGCCCACUGGUGGUGGUGGGAAUAACAGUAGGAGCAGCGUGAAUGGCAGAUGCGUGGGUGGCAGCGGCGUGGAUGACGGUGGCGUCCUACUCAACCGCAUGGCCGCGCAGGGCAGGCACUUCUUCCCAGCGAGCAGUGGCGGUAGGAAUAGCAGCAGUAGUAAUAAUGGGAGUAACAAUGGGAGUAACCACAGCAGCAACCAAAGUAGCAACUGCAGCGGCAACCACGGCAACUGCUGCCGAGGUGACGGCCGAGACACGUUAGAGGAAAAAUGCGCUUCCAUCAACGACCCCCUCGAGGACACCGGUCAGUAUGGAUGCAGUGGCGAUUUGGAACGUACCACUGGCAGUUUCGAAUGUACCAGUGGCAGUUUCGAAUGUACCAGUGGCAGUUUCGAAUGUACCAAUAACUACGCAGCGCAGUUUUAUGUGGACGGUACGCACCAUCAUAGAAAGGGCGCAGAUAUGAAAAGGGCAAUUAUGCAAGAAGGCUAUUUGUUAAGUGAUCGAAUGGGCGAAGAAAUUUUGAUAGAGGGACUUUCCAAGGUGGAUGAAACCGACGGAGGGCGCUGCUCCCAUGGGGGAAGUCCCCUACGAAACGCAAACGCUAGCAACCCUGUGAACCAAAUGGACGAUGAAAAAAACAAACUGAUAAUUUCGAAGAUCACAACAAAAUAUAUACUCACAGAUAUCAAAAAUAAAUGCCUAAGAAACUGCUCAAGCAAUUUUUUAAAGCAUUUCCCCGACAUAAAAAAUAUCAUUAACAAACACAUCAACAAAAUUUCCGAGGCGAAUUCUAUCUACACAAUAAGGCCUUAUAUUCAGUUGUUUAGUAACCUGUUGGAAAAGAGAAAGCUGCUACACAUGCUCGCCCCGAAUGCGCAAGAGUUGUACAUUUACAGCUUGCAGAAAUUGCCCCUUUGA